AUGAAGAUUUUCAACAUUUUUUCUCGAUGGCUUUUGCCCAAGAAGGUAGCGGGGGCCAAUACCUGUCGAAUUUGCGAUCAUUUAUCAGAAGAGGAAUGCAGAGCUUCUCAGGUUUUUCACGAGUGCGGAAUCGGUAUGACCUGCGAAGUCACUUACAUAGCCAUGAUGAACGGAAAACAAAUGUACACAUCCCAUUGCCGAAACGCCGAUUCCUGUGAAACGCAACAAGAGCAAAAUUUCAACGGCGUGUCAAAAAUGCGGAACAGCUGCGUCUCAUCAAACUACUUUGGUCGUUACGUCCAGCAGAGUACCUGUACUGUCUGCGUUCCACCUAAUCCAUUAGGCGGUAUUUUCACUCAUCCGGGCGGAUUUGUCUUGAAUAUUCCUACUUUUUGGGCGACUACUGAGCCGGAGACGUUUAUGGAAGCAAUUAAAAUGUACCUGUAA